AUGCCAAACCCCAUGGACGACCGUCUGCGCGUGGUGGCCGUGAUACAUGCUUUGAAAGCAUCUGGAGUUCGCGUGAAAAAUUGGAAGAACUUCUUCAAUGGGCCAUACACGAGUGGCCCUAUGGAUGUCUUUCAGGAGAACCAAUCUCAAUUUGCCUUUGGUCGGGACCUGAUCUUGCUGCCCCAGUGCCAUUUAACUGAUAUGAGUGGGACAGUGCCAAAGUUCUUGGUGGAUGCCUGUGAAUUUUUAUCCCAGCAUCUUCAUACUGAAGGGCUGUUUCGAAAGACGGGGUCGUUGAGUCGGAUCCGUGCUUUGAAGGCUGGCCUGGAGCAGGGGGAGCCAGUCUUUUCUCUGCCACAUUCAGCCACUCUGCAGUCCUGUGAUGUGGCGUCUCUUGUGAAGCAGUUCUUACGGGAGUUGCCCUCUCCCCUCAUCCCUAUGGAUCUACAGGUGCCACUGUGCUGUGCACAGGGCUUAGAGGAGGAGGGGGGCCAGGAGCAGGGUAAAGAUGGAGUCACUCUUCUUCUUACAGCCCUGUUCCCUCUUUCUCAUUCACGGGCCCUCCGAUACUUCUGCACUUUCCUGAGACAGACGGCUCAAAGAUGUGAAGAGAAUCGUAUGGAAGUGGGCAAUCUGGCCCUUGUGAUUGCACCUAAUUUGCUACAUUGUCCAGCUGGGGGCUCUAAACUGACCGCAAGCACAGAGAGACAACUGGAUAGACAAGCAGCAGUGAUCAAGACGCUCAUAAUACAUGCAGAUCGUAUCGGUGUCGUUCCCCCUUCUAUUAUGGACAUGGCAACUGUAGCAGAGUCGGGUGAAUCCACUACACCCCCAGUUGACGGAGGGAGGUUUCAGGAGAGGGCAGGACUUGGUGUGUAUAGAAGUUUAAGACGUCAAAGGAGGCGCAGUGUUGGAGAGAUAUUUGUGGAUGCUCUCAGUAAAUUCAAGACAGGCCGCACACACACUGGCCCUUCACAUCCCACAGACGGCCAGCAAAAUACAAAGACAUCUCACCACACCACACCUCAAUCACCAGUCACAUCCAAACGAAAAUCGAGCGAAGAUACUGUCCCUGAUGUAGAGGGCUCUGCUAAAAAAAGACGCUCUAUCCAUGACCUAAGAGAAGACAACCAAUCCAUCAGCAAACUACACUCAAAUGGUGAUGCAUUUAACCCUUCCCCCACACCCAUUGGGAAUGACACUGAGAAUUGGAUCAUGGGCAGUAGGACGGUAUCUGAUGGUAUGACUGAAGCAUCCAGCUCUGAGGCUAGACUGUACAGGAUUCCUGUCAAAAUGAUUGAUGGCCCUGGACGAGUUCUAGUGGGGAAUGAGAUGGAGGCUAAAACUGAUCUGCUGAACUACAGCUUUGCUGAAAAUCUUGAUGACUUCCUGGAUCUCGCGACAUUGGACUCGCCUACCGGGACAGAAGAUGGGGUUUCACAUGAAUGCUCUGGGCUCAAGUUGGAAAAGGAGACAAUAGAGGAAACAGCUUCAUACUGUCUAACUAACAGUGUAUUUAGGAGUCCGGAGCAGGUUGGGAUAAAAGAAGAGAUGGGUCUAAGUAAGAAGCUGUCAACAGUGGAUAUGUCUGACAGGGUUGGUCAGAAGCCCCGUCGCCCUCGUCGCUCCAUCAGUAUGCCAGAGGUGACAUUGGACCAACUGAGGAUUCAAGAUGAAAUAGACAAGAAGGAGAAAACAGAGAAAGACGAUGGAGUCUUUGAGGACACUUGGGUUAUGGUAGAGGAACCCCAACAAGCCAGAACCAGAACUGUGGUAGAUGAAGGGCUGGGUAAAGGAAUGGAUGAAGCAGAAGAGUUGGAAGAAAAACCAUUGGUGAAGAAAGAGAAGAUGACAGAGUCAGGACUCAGGUUUAAGAGGACACACCAGCGCCUGUCUUUAGCAGAGCAGCUCAGGCGUUUCAACGCUCUGGCAACACUGCUCCGUAGCCCCAGGUUUCCUCCCCCGCCCCCUGAACCCCAGCUCAACGAUGUCCUGCAUGAGAGUCAGCGGGAAGGGGGUCAGAGGAGCGUUGUACGUCGGCAGGAAGAAAGGCGAAACAUGCUCUCCCAGUCCCAGUAUACCCUCUUCCACAACGAUAGACAGAACAUCAUCAACUGUCACGGCUUUUGA